UCUGCAGUCAUAUGUCCCUGUGCCCUCCCAGGUACCGAGUGGCUUCCCACGCAGGGCAGCAGCAUGGAGUCCCUCUUCCCUGCCCCGUUCUGGGAGGUCCUCUAUGGCAGCCACCUGCAGGGCAACCUGUCCCUCCUGAGCCCCAACCGCAGCCUGCUGCCCCCCCACCUGCUGCUCAACGCCAGCCACGGCGCCUUCCUGCCCCUCGGGCUCAAGGUCACCAUCGUGGGGCUCUACCUGGCCGUGUGUGUCGGGGGGCUGCUGGGGAACUGCCUCGUCAUGUAUGUCAUCCUCAGACACACCAAGAUGAAGACAGCUACCAACACCUACAUCUUUAACCUGGCCCUGGCGGACACCCUGGUGCUGCUCACCCUGCCCUUCCAGGGCACGGAUGUCCUCCUGGGCUUCUGGCCAUUUGGGAACGCCCUGUGCAAGACAGUCAUUGCCAUCGACUAUUACAACAUGUUCACUAGCACCUUCACGCUGACUGCCAUGAGUGUGGACCGCUACGUGGCCAUCUGCCACCCCAUCCGUGCCCUCGAUGUCCGGACAUCCAACAAGGCCCAGGCUGUCAACGUGGCCAUCUGGGCCCUGGCCUCCGUUGUCGGCGUUCCUGUUGCCAUCAUGGGCUCGGCACAGGUGGAGGAUGAAGAGAUUGAGUGUCUGGUGGAGAUCCCCACCCCACAGGACUACUGGGGCCCUGUGUUUGCCAUCUGCAUCUUCCUCUUCUCCUUCAUUGUCCCCGUGCUCAUCAUCUCCAUCUGCUAUAGCCUCAUGAUCCGGCGGCUGCGCGGGGUCCGCCUGCUCUCCGGCUCCCGCGAGAAGGACCGGAACCUGCGGCGCAUCACGCGGCUGGUGCUGGUGGUGGUGGCUGUGUUUGUGGGCUGCUGGACACCUGUCCAGGUCUUUGUGCUGGUCCAAGGGCUGGGCGUGCAGCCGGGCAGUGAGACCGCGGUGGCUAUCCUGCGUUUCUGCACCGCGCUCGGCUAUGUCAACAGCUGCCUCAACCCCAUCCUCUAUGCCUUCCUGGACGAGAACUUCAAGGCCUGCUUCCGCAAGUUCUGCUGCACCUCUGCCCUGCACCGGGAGAUGCAGAUGUCUGACCGCGUGCGCAGCAUUGCCAAGGAUGUGGCCCUCGCCUGCAAGACCUCUGAGACAGUGCCGCGGCCUGCAUGACUAGGCGUGGACCUGCCCAUGGUGCCUGUCAGCCCGCAGAGCCCGUCAACACCCAACACAGAGCUCACCCAGGUCACUGCUCUCUAGGCUGACACACAACCUGAGACCUGAGCAUCACCAGCCUCAUCGGGCUUCCCUGUGGCCCCAGAGGGUCUGGUGACAUUAUGGGACAAGUCAGAGCAUUAUGGCUGCCACCAUGGCCCUGGUCAUACUAAAGCUGACCUCCUGGUAGGAGGGCAGGGAUGCAAGGACUCACCCGGGAGCAUGAUCAGCCAGAGCCCAUGCUGACCCUUCCGUGCUUCAUGGGCCUCUCUGGCCUCUCCCCUGCUGCACCCUGCGUGCUCCAGGGGGCACUCACCUGGAGCUGCGACAGCAGCAUGUGCAGUCCUAUGUGCCCCUUGUGCUGUGUGCUGUCUGCAUGGAGCCCUGUAGCAUCUUCUCUUGGCAGCUGGAGGAGCUUGAUGCUGCCUGGAGAGCACAGUGGGCGUCUCUGGGCAGUGGAACUCGCCCUGAGCAUGAAGCUGGUGAUAUGGGCUUGCUCGUGCCGCAUUCUGCUGCCACUUCCUCAUCCCCC